AUGGUAGAAGCCAUUCUCUUCAACAUUGUUGCACAAAUCACUGAGAGCUUGGGAUCUUUGGCUCUCAAAGAGAUCGGACUGCUUUGGGGUGUCAUAGAUGAGCUUGAGAAUUACAAGAACACCGUUUCGACAAUCCAAGCCGUACUUCUUGAUGUCGAGGAGCAAUGGGCAGUGAACCGUCAAGUUAGAGAUUGGCUUGAAAAGCUUAAGGAUGUCUUUUAUGAUGCAGACGACUUGCUGGAUGGUUUAUCCGCUGAAUAUAUGUUGCGAGAGAUGAUGACUCGGGAUAAGAUGGCAAAAAAGAAUGUAGGAAUCCUUUCUAUUACUGGCAUCGGAGGAUUUGGAAAGACCACACUAGCUCAAUUCAUAUUUAAUGAUCUAAAGGUAGAUAAACAUUUUCAACUAAAAAUGUUGGCUUGUGUCUUUGAGAUUUUUGAUGUUCAGAAAGUUGUUGAAAAAAUCCUAGAAUCGGCAACAAAAAAGAAACCAGAGAUUGUGGGAAUGGAUACAUUGGUGCAUAAUCUUCGAAAAGAAAUUAGUGGAAAGAAAUACUUACUUGUGUUGGAUGAUGUUUGGAAUGAGGAUGUUAAAAAAUGGGAUGAUUUGAAAGUACUGUUGGAGGUUGGUGCAUGUGGCAGUAGAAUAUUAAUAACUACACAAAGUAAAAAAGUUGCACAAAUUACCCAAACAUUUGCAGAAUAUUCCUUACAGCAUUUAGACGAAAGGGAGUCAUGGUGUUUAUUCAAUCAAGUGGCAUUUGAGAACGGACAAGAGCCAGUGAAUUCUAGAAAAGUGGAUGUUGGAAAGGAGAUUGUAGAAAAGUGUUCUGGUAUCCCCUUGUCAUCAAAACAAUUGGAAGGUUACUGUCCUUGGAAAAUUCUGAAGCAGGGUGGCUUUCUUUUAAAAAUAAACUCCUAG